CCUUGAGGCAGGUAUCUACCUGUCUUUUGCACCAAUUCUGCUAAUACUCAGUACAGUACAACCGGUAUGUCCAGUUUUUGUGAAAUAGCUCUCCGGUGUCCCUGCCUGCCCCUCCCCCCCAUGUAAGUCCCUACAGUAGAGUUGCAGGGAACUCGAGCCUACACCUGGACUACCCUGCCGGCUCCUCCUCCUCCUCGUGGCUCACAAACAACAGAACAUGGCUGACAUCAGAAGACACUGCAGCUUCAGCUCCUUUCUGAGGGAACAUCCCAGUCUGGUCCAAUGUCCAGGAUAUAGUAAAAACAUGCUACCUGGUCCCGAGUGGCUGGAGCAGUGUGCCCAGAGGAGUUCCAUGACACUGCUGAGAGAGAAAGCACUGUGGGCCAUCGCCGUGGCCAUCUUCCUGCUCCUGGUGGACCUGAUGCACCAGCGCCAACGCUGGGCUGCUCGCUACCCGCCAGGCCCUGUGCCACUGCCAUGGCUGGGCAACCUGCUGCACGUGGAUUUCCAGAACCUUCCGUACUGCUUCUACAAGCUACAGCAUCGGUUCGGGGACGUGUUCAGCCUACAGUUGGCCUGGAAGCCAGUGGUUGUGGUGAAUGGGCUGGAGGCCGUGCGUGAGGCACUGGUGACCUGUGGCGAGGACACCUCAGAUCGCCCACCGAUGCCCAUCUAUGAACACCUGGGCUUCGGACCAAGGUCCAAAGGGGUGAUCCUGGCGCCCUAUGCGCAGGCCUGGCGUGAACAGCGACGCUUCACCUUGUCCACCCUGCGGAACUUUGGCCUCGGCAAGAAAUCGCUGGAGCAAUGGGUGACCGAAGAGGCUGGCUGCCUGUGUGCAGCCAUCGCUGACCAGGGCCGCCCCUUCAGCCCCAAGGGCCUCCUGAGCAAGGCUGUGUGUAACGUGAUCGCCUCCCUCAUCUAUGCCCGCCGCUUCGAGUACGAAGACGCCAGUCUAGACAGAAUGUUGGAGAUGGUUGAAAAGUUUGUGAGGGAGGACACCGGCUUCCUCCCUGAGUUUCUGAACGCGGUCCCCGCGCUCCUGCGCAUCCCAGGGUUGCCUGGCAAGGUCUUCCCUGGACAGAAGGCCUUCAUGGCCCUGCUGGAUGGGCUGCUCACAGAGCACAGCAUGACCCGGGACCCCCAUGAGCCGCCCCGAGACCUGACCGACGCCUUCCUGGCUGAGGUGGAGAAGGCCAAGGGGAACCCCGAGAGCAGCUUCAAUGAGGACAACCUGCGCGUGGUGGUGGCUGACCUUUUCAGUGCGGGAAUGGUGACCACAUCCACCACGCUGUCCUGGGCCCUGCUGCUCAUGAUCUUGCACCCGGAUGUGCAGGGCCGCGUGCAGCAGGAGAUCGACGAGGUGAUCGGGCAGGGGCGGCAGCCAGAGUUGGCGGACCAGGCCCGCAUGCCCUUCACAAGCGCCGUGAUCCACGAGGUGCAGCGCUUUGCCGACAUUAUCCCAACGAAUUUGCCCCACAUGACGUCCCGUGAUGUGGAAGUGCAGGGCUUCCUCAUCCCUAAGGGCACCACUCUGAUCACCAACCUGUCCUCGGUGCUGAAGGACGAGCGCGUCUGGGAGCAGCCCUUCCGCUUCCACCCCGAGCACUUCCUGGACGCCCAGGGCCGCUUUGUGAAGCCCGAGGCCUUCAUGCCCUUCUCAGCAGGCCGCCGCGCAUGCCUGGGGGAGCCGCUGGCGCGCAUGGAGCUCUUCCUCUUCUUCACCUGCCUCCUGCAGCGCUUCAGCUUCUCGGUGCCCGCCGGCCAGCCCCGGCCCAGCAUCUACAGGGUCUUCUCCUUGCCCCUUGCCCCAUGCCCAUACCAGCUCUGUGCUGUGCCACGCUAGGAAGAACACCCCAUCCUGAAUCUGCCCCCAGGAGCUGUCACAAUGCACAAUAAACCAGUGUUUUGGCUGCCA